AUGUGGCUUGUCUUACAGGUCUCCAUCACCCUGAGGUGGGUGCUGCCGGCUCAGUUCUUCACUUUCCCCUUCAACGGUGCUGAUCUGUACAAGGAACUGAAGGCCUCCACUGCCAUCCUGUCCAUUGGCAUUGGAAGCCUGGACAAACUGCUUGAUGCUUAUCUCUAUGAUGGAGAAGUGACUGGAAUCACAGGAGGCCCGGCUAGCAGUAAAACCCAGGCGAGCAUUUCUUCAGGGACUCUGAAGGUGGUGGUUGUGGACUGUGUCCCUGUGGUGCUCAUCCCACUUCUGGAAGGUUCACAGAGGGAAUGCUUGGCCUUGACGCUGCAGCUGGCCCAAGAGCCGAAGACCGUGGCCCAGGACCUCAGCAUGGCAGUGGCGCUGACCAGCCACCUGGCCUCAGACAGGGCCAGCAGGCAGCUCAAACCUGCCCUCAAAUGCUCCUGGAGCUUUGUGCCCAGCGCCCGGCUUCUCCUAGACAUUGGCCAAGGCGCAGGAGCCUCAGGCUGCCGGCGCCUGGCGUGUCUGACCACAUCUCCUCGCCUGCCAACAGGUUUCCAAGAAACGGUGAACACUGGGGCCUGUGGGGCGCCAGAGCAGAGCCCAGCAUUACAGGGACUUCACACAUGA